UCGAAUCGAGUGUGUGGGCGUGGUUUGCUUGACGCUGUGUAGAUCUGUGGUACCGCCAAGCUAGAGCUUCCGAAGUGUUUUCGGGCUGGCUGUUCUUUGUCCUCCAUUACAGCUCGGAUUCCCAGCUUGACUGUACGGCGCAGGCCCGAAGUAGCGCAGCCGCUCUGAGACUAGUGAGAGUCCCCCCGGUGUCCCCUGGCCAUGGAAGAGCACGCGGUACACCAGGCGGCGGAGCACAUGAGCACCAUCGAGGCGCAUGCCGUCUCGCAGCAGGUGCAGCAGGUGCACGUGGCCACCUACACGGAGCACAGCAUGAUGAGCGCCGACGACGAUUCGCCCUCCUCGCCCGAUGAUGACACCUAUGAUGACUCGGACAUCCUCAACUCCACCGGCACUGAUGAGGUCACUGCCCACCUGGCCGCUGCAGGGCCAGUUGGAAUGGCAGCUGCUGCUGCCGUGGCAACAGGAAAGAAACGUAAAAGGCCACACAUCUUUGAGUCUAACCCCUCGAUCCGAAAAAGACAGCAGACAAGAUUACUCAGGAAACUGCGGGCCACUCUGGACGAGUACACCACGCGUGUGGGCCAGCAGGCCAUUGUGCUGUGCAUCUCCCCCUCCAAGCCCAACGCCGUCUUCAAGGUGUUCGGGGCCGCCCCACUGGAGAAUGUUGUGAGGAAGUAUAAAAGCAUGAUUCUGGAGGACCUGGAGAAUGCACUAGCUGAGCAUGCACCCGCCGGAGGGGAGCUGAGCUCCGAGCUGCCCCCUCUAACUAUCGACGGCAUCCCCGUGUCUGUGGACAAGAUGACGCAGGCCCAGCUCCGUGCCUUCAUCCCAGAGAUGCUGAAGUACUCCACAGGCCGUGGGAAGCCCGGCUGGGGCAAAGAGAGCUGCAAGCCCAUCUGGUGGCCGGAAGACAUCCCCUGGGCCAACGUCCGCAGCGAUGUCCGCACCGAGGAGCAGAAGCAGAGGGUGUCAUGGACACAGGCCCUGCGCACCAUCGUGAAGAACUGUUACAAGCAGCAUGGACGUGAGGACCUGCUCUACGCCUUCGAUGACCAGCAGGUGACCCACCAGCAGGUUGCCACGACAGCCACGCACAGCAUCGCACACCUGGUCCCCUCACAGACAGUGGUGCAGACUAUCAGCAACCCAGACGGCACCGUAUCACUUAUACAGGUUGGCACGGGACAAACUGUGGCCACCCUGGCAGACGCUUCCGAGUUGCCUGGCACAGUUACUGUAGCACAGGUCAACUACUCGACCGUGACGGAUGGCGAGGUGGAUCAGAACUGGGCAACGUUGCAGGGCGGCGAGAUGACCAUCCAGACCACGCAGGCGUCCGAGGCCACGCAGGCCGUGGCGUCGCUAGCCGAGGCCGCCGUCGCCGCCUCUCAGGAGAUGCAGCAGGGGGGGACGGUUACCAUGGCGCUCAACAGGUACGCAAGCAAAGGGGCAGUGGGAGUAGAGGGAAGAGAGGUGAGGGAGAGAGAGGGGGGGAGGAAGGGAGUCGAGGGGAGAAGUACAGCGAGUCAACGUGUGUUGAUAUGUAUUCAAUAUGUGUUUCCUCUCCUGCUCUCUCCCCCUGCUGCAGGCCUGGUGCAGAUUCCCGUCAGCAUGUACCAGACGGUGGUCACCAGCCUCGCCCAGGGUAACCGGCCCAUGCAGGUUGCCAUGGCACCGGUGGCCACACGCAUCGAGAACACGGUGACGCUCGACGGGCAGGCCGUGGAGGUCGUGACCCUAGAGCAGUGACACACUCCCCCCCUGCAGGUGUUUGGGACGGGCAGCGUCGACCCCCAGUCGAGCCUCCCUGGGGGGGGAGGGGGGUUCUGAGAGCUGGGGAGACGGCACACCUGUUUUCACACACUGUAAUAUAUGCGUUGUAUAAAGACAAAAAAAUAUUGCUAUAUAUUUUUGACUUUUUACACCUGCAGGGGAUUUACAGGUUCUAGGAUCAUUAUCAAUGCAUCGUUUACUGUGUAAAAAAAAAAGAGGAUGUUUCUUUUUUGGGGGUUUUGUGUUUGUUUUUCGUUAUGGAUUUUCAUUCUUUUUUUUAGCUUUCUGAUGUUAAGGGUCUAGAGUAUUUAGUAUUUAUUUUUUAAAGCAUUCAGCAAAGCGAAAGGAGGCAAACCAAAAAGCAAGGGUGGGAUGGGGAUGAGCCUGUGGCCUUCCCCCCACACUCUCAUACCACCACACAAUCCAUUUCAUCCUUAAGUGUGCAUUGCAUUUGUUUUUCCUUUGUUGUUUUUUUUUUGUGUUUUUUUUUUUUGAGCUCUUGGAAUGAGGCAUUUUUACCUGUAGGUUGCAGGCACUGGCGGGUCCCCAAGAUGUGUUCCAUCUUUAAUUCACUCUUGUCUCUGUAUGAAACACCCAGACCACCCUCAGUAUGUUUUGCCUUCAUCACAGACUGCAUUAAAUGUGACUCUUCUCUGUCAUGGUCGUGGUCACUUUGUUUCCGGCACACUGCACAAGGGUUCGUUUAAUACGCGUAUGGAAUUUCAGUUGUU